AUGAAUAACGAGCAGUUUCGCCGGCUACUAGCCGACCAGUCAUCGUCAAAACCAAAGGACCAGAGCCCAGCGCCUGGUCGCGAUACGUCGCGUGGUGGCGCAACUCCGGGCGGGUCACUGGGGUCGCGAAUGCGGUCCAGUAUUCCCAUGACACCACGUUCAGUUACUGGUGUGGACUUUGCUCGUCAGCUCUUUGACCACCGUCGCGAGGGCGAUCGACCUUCGAAGCGAUUCAAGUCAUCCGCCGCGCCCAAGGGUACCUCGCUACCGACCGGCUAUCAGGAUCGUGCGAAAUUGCGCAAUGCGGAGGAUGAAAAUGAGAACAGCACGGGUCUGGAGGCGCGUAUCAAGGCACUUGAGGAUAUGGUUAAGUUGGGACAAAUCGACCAAGCUACCUUCGACAAACUCCGCCGAGACCUCGGAGUCGGAGGUGACCUCGCAAGCACACACAUGGUCAAAGGGCUGGAUAUGGAUCUACUGAGAAGGGUCAGAGCUGGCGAGGACGUGUCGCAAACGGCCAAAAAACCUGCUCCGCCCCCCGAAAAAGAAGACGCAGAUGAGGAAUUCGAGCGUAUGAUGGAAGAGAAGGCGCUCGAGGAGAUUGCUGCUGCACCUAAGCAACAGAAAGAAAAGAAGAAGGGGACCAUGGCACCGCCGCCUGCUAGGCCUAAGACCCGCGAUGAAAUCCUGCGGGAAUUGAGGGCAAGCCGGGCUGCUGCCGCACUUGCUCCGCCGCCGGAGUCCAUACUCGGCUCAAAAUUCAAGAAGCUGAGCGAUGGAAAGCCAGAGAAGAAGAGAUUUGUGGAGCGUGAUGAGACCGGUCGUCGACGCGAAGUGCUCCUUAUCACCGAUGCGCAAGGAAACACGAAGAGGAAGACUAGGUGGCUUGAUAAGCCAAUUGAAGUGCCUGAGCCUGUCGCAGGAGACCUUAUGAUGCCCGAUGCAAGUGUCAAACCCCUCGGUAUGGACAUUCCAGCUGAUAUUGCUGCCCGUGCCGCUGCACAAGAGGCACCCGAGGAUGACGACGACGACAUCUUUGCCGGUGUCGGUGAUGAUUACAAUCCUCUCGCUGGACUCGAAGACGAGUCAUCGUCUGAUGAAGAUGGUGAAGUGGCAGAUUCGGCUGCUAGAAAGCCUGAAAAGGCUUUUGUCAGCGAAGAAGAGAAGAAGCCUGCUACGUCUGAAACAGCACCUGUGAAACCCAAGAACUACUUUGCGACUGGGACCUCGACUACAGUAGAAGAGGAGCCUGUCGACCGAUCCAACCCCCUCACAAAAGAUCCAACCAUUCUUGCCGCCCUCAAACGAGCUGCAGCCCUCCGACAGCGCUCACCCUCGGCAGAGGGCGAAGAAGAUCAGUCUUCUGAUAAGGCCCUUCGUAACAAGCGCUUCAUUGAAGAAGCACGCCGGCAAGACGCCAUGGAUGCUGCAGAUAUGGAUAUGGGAUUCGGAGGCAGCCGUAACGAAGACGGAGAGGAGGAAGACGAUGGUCCCCUGCUCGACUUUGACGACAACGAGCGAGGCGGGAAAAAGAGAAAGCGUGGCCCCAAGAAGAAGAAGGGUGACAAAGAUAGCGUCACGGAUGUUAUGCGCGUUGUCGAGGGUCGCAAGAAGGAGGCUUCAUGA